CGUGUGUUGUGAAGAGAGCCACGAAGCAAAAGAAGGCACAGAUCUCAAGAAACUCUCACACCAUUGCUCCACACGACACUUGUUACCUUUUUCUCGUUUUGUUUCCUUUACCAAAGGUUCACUGCACUUGUCCAUUGACUUGUACCACCAGCUACCACCAUAGUUGGAGGGUCGGUCUCAAUCCACUUUCCAAUAUAUAUAUUCUUACCAUCAAGAGUGUGUCCACACAUAAACUUCUCUUCUUGGGCUCUGUGAUUCUUCUUGGUUUGUUUAUGAUGGUUACUGACCUGAAAACAAGUGUUGUUAUUGGCUUGGGAUUUGGAAACUGGACAUGUAUGUUUCACAUUGGUAUUUAAGGGGAUUUCAAUAUAAGGAGGAUAUGCUGCUCUCUCAUGAUGGUGGAGAAGAUGAAGUGUUCUUUGAUUCUCUGGAUUGUUUGUCACCACCUCACGAUGAUGAUGAUGAUGAGUUUGGUUAUGAGGUUUGGAUGAAUGAGCCUCUUUGUGUGGAGGAAAGGAGGGAAAGGUUUCUUCAGAGGAUGGGUAUGGUUAGUGUUAGUGUCUCUUCUUCGCACAAUAUGAAUGAUUUUGAUGAUGUCACAUCUUCAACUGCUUCCAUUUCUUGUGCUCCUACUUCUCAAGACGUAGCAUUGUUUGAUGAAAUUAAGAAACGACCGGAGAAUUCACCGGUUACUUUGCCCAAACAAGACUUUGGAGAAUUUGGAACUUGUACAAGUAAAAAGAAGAAGAAUUGGUGGAACCGCAUUGCAUAUGGAAUGAAAAUUGGAUCAAGAUUGGAUAAGGGAAGUACUAAAAUUACAAGAAGGAUCAAUGUGAAUCAGAUUAAAAAGAGGUGGAUGGAAUUGAGUGCAUUGUUUACUGGACAGAAUAUUAGAGCUCACGAUGGCCUAAUUUGGACCAUGAAAUUUAGUCCCAGUGGCCGCUAUCUUGCUAGUGGAGGCCAAGACGGCGUUGUUCGCAUUUGGCGUGUCGUAUCCACCGAUGCAUCCAGUCUUUGCUUCAAUGGAGUUAAGAGUGCUGACAGCAAAGUGAAACCACACAACUCUGCUCCUAAAACUCAAUCCUUUGUUGUGUUCCCAAACAAGAUUUUCCAAAUUGAGGAAUCACCAAUGCAAGAAUUUUGUGGUCAUUCCAGUGAUGUCUUGGAUCUGGCUUGGUCAAGUUCAGAUAUUCUGCUUUCAUCUUCAAUGGAUAAAACUGUUCGCAUGUGGCAGAUUGGUUGUAAUCAAUGUCUACAUGUUUUCCAUCACACAGAUUAUGUGACAUGCAUUCAAUUCAACCCUGUUGAUGAAAAUUACUUCAUCAGUGGCUCCAUAGAUGGUAAAGUUCGAAUAUGGGGAAUGCGCGAAGAGCGAGUGGUUGACUGGGCAGACAUUCGAGAUGUCAUAACUGCCAUAAGUUACCAACCAAAUGGAAAGGGAUUUGUUGUUGGUUCCCUUACGGGCAUAUGUCGCUUUUAUGUUGCUUCGGGCAAACAUUUCCAUCUUGAGGCACAGAUUAAUGUUAGCGGAAAGAAGAGAACAUCAACAUCUCGCAACAAGAUCACUGGAAUUCAGUUUUCCAAGAAAAACCACCAAAGAGUCAUGAUCACAUCAGAAGAUUCCAAAGUCCGAAUAUUAGAAGGCAUGGAACUUGUUCAGACAUUUAAAGGCCGUCGAAAAUCUGGAAGUCAGACAUCAGGUGCAUUUAUGUCGAGCGAGAAACAUAUAAUUUCAGUUGGAGAUGACUCUCGUGUAUAUAUUUGGAACUACAAAGACUUUGGAAAUGCUUCAUCCAAGCAUGCAAAAUCGAACAAUUCCUGUGAGUACUUUUGCUCCAAGGGUGUUACUGUUGCGAUACCUUGGUCAGGAAUGAGCACAGAAAGUAGCAACUCCUACAACAAUUUUGCACAUUGUUUCCCAGAAACUCAACACCAGCUAGAAGCUGCUCCCAAGGUAGUUGGUUUUUCGGAACGUUUUUCCUUAGGUAGUUGGUUCUCCAUUGACGGCACGUGCCGCGGUUCCAUGACAUGGCCAGAGGAGAAGCUCCCUAGUUGGGAUUUACCUCUUGCGGAGCAUGAUGAAUUCCAUCACAGCCGGCCGCAGCUACGCCCCAAGGAACCUUGUAAUGACGGCUGUGUGUCAGAAACAUGGGGAUUAUCGAUAGUUGCGGCCGGUUGUGACGGGACCAUCAAGACAUUCCACAACUUUGGAUUGCCUGUUAGGCUCUAGGAACUGGGUUGUUAUAUGCCUUGUUUGGUGCUCGGAAAACCAAAAUAACUUGCUCAAAUACAAGACACCUCUUGAUUUUUGCGUUCCACAUUCUUGAAGCCUUGGAUUCCAAGAAUAAUUGGCAAAGAAAUUUGAAGCAUUGGAGUUUUGAUUGAUGGUGGUGGUGUCUGAGGCUUUGUUCCUACUUAGCUAGAGAAAUUUUCUUUCUUUGAUUGUUAAAUUCAUGUUAGAUGUUAUUAGCUUCUGACAUGUUUCGGGGAUUUGUACAUUCACAAUAUUAUUAUGCUACUAAUUUUAAUGUGGUCCUGCUUGUAGAGUCAGGCCCAGGAGUCCAAAUUUUGUGUGUGGAUAUUG